AUGUUGAAAAUAUCGUUGUUGGGUCUUCUCGUAGGACUGAUUUUGAGUAUUGCAGUGAGCGAUGUAUCGGCGAAAAUAGUACAAAGAAUAGUCCGCGGCAAUUAUGCUUCACCCGACCGAUUCUUGCAUCAAGUAUCUCUUCAAAUACUCAACGGUUAUUGCACUCAUCAUUUUUGCGGUGGCAGCAUCAUCGAUGAUUUGCACAUCGUCACAGCCGCUCACUGCGUCACUAACAAUGUCACGCACAAGAUAGAUAAUAAACCGAUUACCGUCGUGGCCGGUACGCAAAAUCUGCGUGACAAAACCUCUGGCAUUUAUCGCGACGUCCAGUACAUCUUCAUACCUAAAUCUUACACGAGUAACCCUCUUGGACAACAAAACGCCGAUAUAGCAAUUUUGAGGUUGUAUCAGCCCUUACCUCUUGACCAUCCAAACAUAAGGACAAUUAAUUUACCUGCAGACGACUCUCGAUAUAAGGCACCGAACUACCCAUUCGCCGUCAUGAGUGGCUUCGGCGUUUACAAUCAAACUGUGAACCGAUAUAGUGGUAAGAUAACAAAAGGAGGGUCUAGUCCAUAUUUAAAGUACAGCUAUGGAAAGAUCAACACCCUGGCAACAGGUUAUGGAAAUCAAUGUACAGCCAAUGAAGUCUGUGUCGCACCCUGGAAUCCGAACAGGAAAGGUGAGGAUGGUGGCGUAUGCCAGGGUGACAGCGGUGGUCCACUCACUGAUGAAACAAUAAAUACUCUGAUUGGCGUCGCCAGUACAACUCUUACGGAACAGUGUGGAAUAUUGUCCAUAUACACUAGAGUCUCGUCUUAUUUGGACUUUAUCGAAGCAGCAACGAAAGGCGGAGGCGCAGGAACGCUGGACUUCGAAGAGAGCGAAUUUGUUAAUGGAUCAACGAUGUGGAGAUAUCCUUUUUGCGAAUAA